GUGCCAACGGCAGAUUUAGGUCUUUUUUUCCUCAUCUGUAACCCCAGUAUGAUCCAUGUGAGCGCAGCAAAAGUUCACUCCGUGAGGAACUAAUGUGCAGCGCUGUAUUUGGUCUCCACCGCCUAGCUCACGCAGCUCUAAGAACAAAGGAAUGUUUGGGCCAAAAAGAGGGUCCGACCACUGAGAUUUGAGCUAAUGAUCAACAUCUACAUAGGUGUGAAUUGCAGUAUAUUACCAGGUGCCAUGUACUCAGGUAGAAGCCACAUGAGCCUAGUCCAAACAAAGAAAACCAUGUUUCAAAGCUGACACGUGCAUCCAGGUAUAAUUGUGUGGACGCGCUCCCUGCUCGGCGUGUUUGAGGAGGAUGCAGCUGCCAUAUCGAAAUACUCCCAGCAGCUCUUCCAGGCCAUGCACAGAAUCUACGAUGCACAGAAUGAGUUGAGUGCUGCCACCCAUCUCACCUCCAAACUUCUGAAGGGGUAUGAGAAACAGCGUUUCCCUCUUUGCUGCGAUGACGAGGUCAUGAGCUCCACUCUGCAGCAGUUUGCCAAAGUCAUAGACGAGCUGAGUUCCUGUCAUGCAGUGCUGUCCACUCAGCUGGCUGAUGCCAUGAUGUUUCCCAUCACUCAGUUUAAGGAGAGGGACUUAAAAGAGAUCCUGACCCUGAAGGAAGUGUUCCAGAUUGCCAGCGAUGAUCACGACAUGGCCAUCAACAGAUACAGCCGUCUCUCUAAAAGGAGGGACAAUGAGAAGGUGAAGGGCGAGGUGAUGGAGGAUGUGUACACCUCCAGGAAGAAGCAGCACCAGACCAUGAUGCACUACUUCACAGCCCUCAACACGCUGCAGUACAAGAAGAAGAUGUCCCUCCUGGAGCCACUGCUGGGAUACAUGCAAGCACAGAUCAGCUUCUUCAAGCUGGGAUCAGAGAACCUGACCCAGCAGUGGGAAGACUUCCUCACCGACAUAGGAACCAGUGUUCAGAAUGUCCGCAGGGAGAUGGCCGGGGAGGUGGAUGUGAUGCAACAGACCAUCCAGGAUAUGGAGCAGGCCAAUGACCUCCUCUACAUGCCUGACCCUGACCCCAGCCUGGUUCCUGUCAACCGCAACCUCACACGCAAGGCCGGCUACCUCAACACUCGCAAUAAAACGGGCUUAGUGUCUUCAUCCUGGGAGCGGCAGUACUUCUUCACCCAGGGAGGGAACCUGAUGAGCCAGGCGCGGGGGGACGUGGCGGGUGGUCUUGUCAUGGAUAUAGACAACUGCUCCGUCAUGGCCGUGGACUGUGAGGACCGACGCUUCUGCUUCCAGAUCACAUCCUUCGACGGCAAGAAAGUGGCCAUCUUGCAGGCAGAGAGCAGGAAGGAUUGUGAAGAGUGGAUUGCAACGAUUAACAACAUCUCAAAGAGGAUAUAUCUCAGUGAGAACCCAGAGGAAAUCGCAGCCAGAGUGAACCAAUCAGCUCUUGAGGCUGUGACACCAUCUCCCUCCUUCCAGCAGAGGCAUGAGAGUUUGCGGCCGAGCACACAAGGGCGGCCACUGGCAGCGCGGGCCAGCAGUGUGAGCUCGGCAGGCUCUGAGACGGCCUCCCCGGCCCUCUCCGUCCUCUCCUUGGACGCACUGGUGGCUCCAAACACGCCCAUCCAGUUUGACAUCAUCUCUCCAGUCAGCGAGGAGGACGCAGGACAGGCGAAGGCUGCCGGACUGGGAAGAAGGACCAAUCCUUUUGGUGAAUCCGGAGGCACACCAGCUGAGGAGAGUGAAGGCUCUAUCCUGCACCAGCUGUUCUUUGCGCGUUUCCUGGGCUGUAUGGAGGUGCAGAAUGCGGACAGCUCUGACGUCAUCUAUGAGACCAUGAGACAGAUCCUAGCAGCCAGAGCCAUACACAACAUCUUCAGGAUGACAGAGUCUCACCUGCUGGUCACCUGCGAAUGCCUCAAGCUAAUCGAUCCUCAGACACAAGUCACACGGCUGAGGUUCCCUCUCUCCAGCGUGGUGUUGUGUGCUGCCCACCAGGAGAACAAGCGUCUGUUUGGAUUUGUUCUGCAGACUGCAGAAGGCAGGGUGGACGGACGACCAAUCAUUGUCUGCUACAUCUUUGAGUCCAACAAUGAUGGGGAAAAGAUCUGUGACAGUGUGGGGCUGGCCAAACAGAUAGCGUUCCACUCAGAGAUGGAUCGCAAAGCCACGGAGAAGAAGAAGGAGCAGGACAGGGCCAAGGAGAAACAGCAGGAGGAGCUGAGUAAACAGAAACAGAUUGAAAAGGACCUAGAGGAACAGAGCCGUUUGAUUGCCGCCUUCAGUCGCCCCACCCCCCUUGCCGCUGGCACUGACGGACAGUUCCUGGUGCUGAGCAACAGCCAAUCAGAGGACAGCGAUGCAGGAGUGGAGGGGCGGGAGAAGGGUGAGUCAGAGGCCUAACAGAAUGGAACCGAGAGAUGUUACUGUUGGCUUUCACUGAAUACUACUUUGGAUGACCAAACCACUGGAAGUCAGUCAUUUUCAAUGGAGGGAGGCAACUUGAAGAGGUGACUUGAGGAGACCAUGAGAGAUGCAACCAUUGGGGACAAUUUCACCAAGUUGAGCCAAAGUUCAACUUUUACGCAAAUCAUCAGCGAUGCAACUGCUGGCUUUGAUCCUCUGCUGGAUAGACCCCCCCCCCAAUGUGCUGUUUAGAGGAAACACCCACGAGAGACAUAGCCUUGUCCCAGAUCUGUUUGUGCUUUUGCCUACUCCAUUGUCAUUGUCGAACCAAACAAUUGCAUGACAAUUCCAGAAGGAGUUGGCAAGAGAGCAGAAACAGACUCGCACCCAGGCUACAAGGGACAGGCUUGACUAUGUGUUACCACAAAGUAGUAUCCCAUGAAAACAGACAGUUAGAGGUGGACUUGGUUCCUCUCCAGACGCCCACCUUGGCUCCUCAACCUUGGGCCUGCACAAAUACAGCCUCUCUGGUUUCACCUCUGGCUCCUACUGUUGGUCAAUGAAGGAACAGGAUUCAGAGUGCAGAUAAACUUGAUCAAUAAAGGGCAAAAUAAAAUACUUCAUAACAUAAAAACUAGAAAAACAAGACCCCACAAGCUAAGAAAAGAAGAGUAGAAAAAGAACUGUGUGACUGAACAAUCAAAAGAAUCCUUCUGGGUCAUUCUCCACCUUGUGUAAAUGAUCAUGUAUUUUAUACUCGCAAUUAUAUAGAAGUAUACUGUCAGAUAAUAUGGAAGAAAAAUAAUGCUUUUCUGGUUUUGUUUAAUUGGAAAUUCAGGUGCAGUUCUGACUGAAUACUAUGGCUUCCUAAAAGUUAGAGAUUAUAGAGUGUACUAAUAUGGAGGGAAGACAUUGCACAUGUUAAUACUGUAAUAAUAGAUUUCUGUAUUGUUUGCGUAAACAGUAUACGUAUUGUCUAAUUAAGCAAUAAGGCCCGAAGGGGUGUGGUAUAUGGCCAAUAUACCAUGGCUAAGGGCUGUUCUUAUGCACGAUGCAACACCAAGUGCCUGGAUACAGC